AUGAGGAGUUCUCUAGUCGUGAUCCCUGUCCCGGCGCCUAAACGUGGCAAGUGCUCGCCGGCCUGUCCAAAGGGCCAGCACUGCGAGCUGCAGCGCCUGUGCUACUUCGGCAUCUGCGCUGGCUACCAAAAUGUGUGCGUCAAGUCGCCAGCUGCCAUUGUGGAGCGUCCCCCCAGCUGUCAGGGCGUGCGCUGCAGCAGCGUGCAGACCUGCGUGCUGAAGCAGGUGGUCUGCGUGCGCGCGCCCUGCUACCCCGUGCCGGUCUGCGUGGCGGACGGGUGCGCCAUAGCCCGCUGCCUGCCUGGCCGGGUCUGCAUCAUGGCCGUCAUACCCGGCUCCGAUCCAGCCUGCUCCAACUUCCCCGACUGCCGCUACAGGUUCAGCUGCCAGCCCCGGGCCAAGCCCAAGCCCGGCUUCUGUCCGCCGCCGAAGCAGGUUUCCCAGGGCGAAGGCAACGGCUGCAAGUACGACAACGACUGUGUUGACCCCGACGCCCUGGCCAAGUGA